GCCCUUCCCAGAUUGCACAAAGAGGGGAACAGGGAAGGGAUGGGUGGGGAAGGGACCGAACGGACCCCCCCUGUGACCCCCUGGGGCCGCCCCGGGGCUUCCUUCCUCCUAGGUCACCCCCGCGUCCCCCGGGGCCGGUUCGGCCGCAGCCCGGGGCGGGGGCUGAGCCGGGGCCGGUCCGCAGAGCAGAGCCCCCCCCUCCCGCACCGCGCCGCAGGGCCGGGGGCCGAGCCUGCGUGACGCCGCCCGGCACUGAUUUGCUGGGGCCGCCCGCCCGGCCCGUCCCAAACUGCGGGGAGCGCCGCGCCGCCCAUAGCCCCGCCGGGCAGCACCGGACAGCGCCGGCAGCCCCGCGGGCGGCAGCGUGGCCAGCACCGGACAGCGCCGGCAGACUUCUCUCUCAGUGACAGCCACUGCUGGGCACCUCAGCAGAGAGAUGAACCCCACUGUCGGCAUCGCUGUCAUCCUGACAGUCCUCCAGGCUGCCCACUGCCAGAUGAUCAAGGACCUGAGUGCCUGCCUGCUGGGCCAGAGCCUCCGGGUAGACUGCCGCUAUGAGAACAAAACCAGCAACCCCCUGACCUACGAGUUCAGCAUCACCAAGGACAACAGGAAGCACGUCAUCCACAGCACCAUCAGCGUCUCUGAGAACAUCUACCGGAGCCGAGCCAACGUCACCAUGCACAAGAACCUGGUGUGCCUCUACCUGCAGAGCUUCACCACCAGCGAUGAGGGUGUCUACAUGUGUGAGCUGAAGGCCACCAACGACUACACCGGGAACCAGAUAAAGAACAUCACUGUCAUCAAAGACAAACUGGAGAAGUGCGCCGGCUUCAGCCUCUUGAUCCAGAACACUUCGUGGCUCCUGCUGCUUCUCCUUUCCCUGCCUCUCCUGCAAGCCGUGGACUUCGUGUCCCUGUGAAAGGAAAAGCACAUACGCACACACAUGCACGCACACACCGAGUACCCCAGCAAACCCGCCUCCCCCGCCAGAACGCAGCCCUUGGAAAGAGAAGCUGAACCAUUUGGAACGAGUGAAACCUCUCUCUGUGUUAUCUCUGUAUAGCCGUAUAUCUAACGCUAACCACCGUCCGGUGCCAAGACCCACCAUCACACGCACACAUGCCCUGCUCCGAAGCAUGGUGGCUCUGCUAGGCAGCGUUGCUUCUCCCAUCGCACCUCCCCGCUCGGUAGGCUGGCUGGUUUGCUCAUGCUGGGAGCACUGGAGCCUCAGCCCCACACAGCCCGCUUCUCCCGUCCCUUUGGCUUUUGGGGUUUGCCUGUUCUCAACUGGGGAAAGACAGUUGGAUCGGAAGGUAAGAGAGGGAGGUGAUGUGAGCAUGCAGAGGGGUCCCCGUGCUGGGUGCUGCACCCACAGCCCUGGAGGAAAUGGGGUGUCCCCAGCCUGCCCGGGCUGGGAGAAGAGAGGGGAGCAGGUCUAGGAGACACCCAUCAACUGACCCUGCCUCCUGAGGGCUCUUUUGGGGCCCUGGGGGAGGGGGCUCACUGCAAACAUGCUUUGGCAACAAGCAUUUCCUAAUCUGUCUUUUACAGCCGAGCUGGAAGCGAGGCCUCCUCCAGACAUCAUCUGGUACCUUUGGGCUGCCCAAGCCAGAGACACCACUUGCUCUCCCCGGAGACCAGCCCUUAGCUGUGACGAGAGAAUUGCUGCCAGCACCAGUGGAGGCAAGCAGAGCCUCUCUGAGCUAGCCACAGCCCCGCAUUCACCCCUACUCCCCUCCCUGAGGUACCCAGAGCUGGAUCCAGGCAGGCUGGUGGGGAAGCCACAUCCCAAUGCCUGGCCCUAGCUAGGCUUAGCAGUCUUCCUCCAGCCCCACCAUGCCGCUGGGAGGACCCCAUGUGCCCUCUCCCUUCUCUCUCGUCCCUUUCAGCGUUUCCCUGUCUCCAUUUAAGAACAGAAAAGGGUGUAAGAGCAGCCCAGCUGGCCAUGGGAAGAGAGACCGGAGGGCUGGUCCUGCUGUACCCUCACCCAGGACAGGGCACAGGAGCAGGGGAAGAUGCAGGCAGGAGCAUCUUCAUCCAUGGGGUGAACCCCAGCCCUGCUGAGCUACCCGUGCAGCCUGCGCUGUGCCACCACAGCUGAGAGCAACCCACAGCACUGCUCCCCACUCCUUGCGAGCUGCCUCCUACCUACCCCCGUGCCCCUUCCCUGCCCAUCCCUGCCUGCUUGCUUGCUGUCUAGUGCUGCUGAGGCCGUGCCUAGCUGAGGUCUGGCUGCGCCCGGCUCCCUGGGCUUGCUGGUGAGCGCUGGGGCAGGCGCAGAGCCCAGCCAGCAGAGCGCGGAUGCAUCUCGAGUCUCAUUUUUUUGUGAACAUUUGUAGUUGUUUCCACAGCUUGUCGUAAAAGAAAUUCUGUCGAGGGGGGGGAAAAAAGAACCCUACGAACAGCAACAACAGAAAAAAAAAACCAAAACCCACCUUAUCCUCCAGGAGUGUUCCUCUGUCUGCACAAUAAAACCCUAGGUUGUGUGUUGGA